CCCCUUCUGGUCUAGCGCAUGUUGCAGUCCAUUAUAACUUCUCAUCUGCAACAAGUCUAGAUAUUAAUGCAAUAUGGCUAAAAGCUGGAAUUACUACAAUCCAUCAUAACAGUCCAAAUUCAAUCCUGUUUUAUCAAUACAGUAUAUCUACAUCUAUGGGGCAAUGUAACUAUAAUGUUCUUUGAGACAGGGGUGGCAACACAAUGUUCCUAUAACUUGGCAAUGUGGAACAAUGUAGUUAUAAUGUUGCUCAAGACAGAUGUGAAAAGGCAAUGUUCCUAUACUAUAAUGUUGCUUGAGACAGGUGUGGCCAGGUAAUGUUCCUAUUACUUGGCGAUAUGGAACAAUGUAGUUAUAAUGCUGCUCGAGACAGAUGUGGAAAUGCAAUGUUCCUAUACUAUAAUGCUGCUCGAGACAGAGGUGGAAAGGCAAUGUUCCUAUACUAUAAUGCUGCUCGAGACAGAUGUGGAAAGGCAAUGUUCCUAUACUAUAAUGCUGCUCGAGACAGAUGUGGAAAGGCAAUGUUCCUAUACUAUAAUGCUGUUCGAGACAGAUGUGAAAAGGCAAUGUUCCUAAACUAUAAUGCUGCUCGAGACAGAUGUGGAAAGGCAAUGUUCCUAUACUAUAAGGUUGCUUGAGACAGGUGUGGCCAGGUAAUGUUCCUUUUACUUGGCGAUAUGGAACAAUGUUACUACAAUGUUGUUUGAGAUGUGACCUUUUUCUCAACAAUAUGGGACAGUGUUACUUCAGAGACAGGAAUAUGGUGAUACAGUGUUUUAUAACAGCAUGGGCCCGGUAGCAAGGGAUUCCAGG